AUGGUCGCUUCAGGUGCACGCAGCUUGCAGAUCCUCACGGGCUUUCUCGCCAUCUUGCUGCAAGUGCGAGCUGACAUUGCCUUUGUCUCCGUCCCCGGAACAAGCGUGCAGAAGCAGGAGGUUCGCUCUGUACGGCAAGUAGCGGACUUCCAAGCUUCGCAAGGCUGGUCUGGCAGUGCCUGCGCCACACUGGCCUCAGCUGGCAUUGCCGUGACUCUGGCCCUAUGGCGCAGAUCCAGUCGUGACUCCUCGCCAGUGGCAGCCAGCUACGCUCCCGCAAAGAAUAGGUUUGAGCGCAAGUGGUGGUACAUUGAGGAAGACAGGGACCCGACAACCUUGCCUGUCUGGCAGCGAGACUACCGCUUUGGAUUCCAGGUGCUGAGACGCAGCAUGAUCGAGGCACGGAAAAAAGGUGAGAAGAUCUUUUGGGAUGUGCGAGUUCUGCAUGUUGAUGAGAAAGGCUGCAAGGUUGAGAUGCUCAACUCCGGUCUGAUUGGUUUCAUGCCCAGAGGCGAGGAGGGCCAGGCUACACCUGACGACCGGCCCAACGUGGGAGACGAGUUGAAGGUAGAGUGUCUGGCGGCCCCUAUGCAGCGUGUCAACAAAGAGCAGAAGUACAGCCCGUGGCCGAACCUCUAUCGGCGCUCCAGAAAGGCACAGCCCAUCUUCUCCCACUACAUGUGGUUGGAGCAGCAGAGGUCCAUAGCCAAAGCUCAGGAACUGGAGGCUGGAAUGAUCAUCGAUGCCGUUGUCUUCAAGCACUGCCCCAAAGGGCUCGUCAUGACACUUGAUGGUCCGGACAAGCCGAAGGGCAUGCUGGACAUGCGGGACAUCUCUCGCAAGAAAUCUGCGCACAAGUGGGUUGACAAGAUGUUCCCAACUGGCACGAAGAUGAAAUGCUAUGUGGUUCAUGCCGACAAGGAGAACGGCCGCAUCACUUUGUCCACGAAGGAGUUCGAAGACGACUAUCACGUCGGCUGGAUGUUGAGCUUUCCGGAGCGAUGCUUCGAAAACGCUGGAGAGGCCGUCAAGAAGUACCACCGCAAGAGGAACGCGUACAUCGCCUGGCUGCAGCGCUGA